GCUAGCUAUAUAGCAUCAAAGCUCUUGCGCCCAACACAAGACCGGAUCGUCCGGCAUUCAGAGAGUCAUACCAUCUUCACUCUGACUGGCAAGUCGUGCUCUCCCUGUGCUUCAGCGCGAUUCCAUGACAGGCCGGAGGCUCAACAGCAUGUCGCUAUCCGACGUUUCCCCAGCUCUCAGCGCUCUGCUACACUUGUCGCACAUCCUGCCCAUCUUCCUAGCGCCGCACACCAAAGUUGAAGAAUCCUUCAGCACGCAAGCUAUUCACGACGUGCUAGUCUGGGGAUCUGAUGCCUUUUUGGCAUCACAUGCCAGUAUUCGUCAGGAUGCUUUGAGGCGCUUCGAUCAUUUGGAAUUUCCUGGUGCUGUGCCCAGGAGCUUCUUACCGCCAGCUGUGUUUGCAGCUAUCGCUGCACCUGUCCUUUUCGCGCUGCGACUGGCUGGGGUUGUGAGGGAUAGCUUCGAAGCCCAGACUGUACGUGAUUCGCAUACUGCUCGCUGAGCUUCAUCUCUGGAGCGUUCGACACCUCUACAGCGCCCUCGCAUCCUCUUCGGCCCAUACAGGUGCCGCGCAGUUCAAGGAGCCCAAUGUCAAAUCUACAAGCAAG